CGAAUUAGCAAACAACAAAACCAAAAACAAAAACUCCGAAUGUGUUUUCUAUUCGUUGGAGUUUAAGAGAAGAUGAUGAUCGGAGAAACUCGCCGUGCUUAUCCUACUGUUGAAAUACCUCCGUGGCCGUCUUGUGAAGAUUUUACGUCGGCGGAUUUGUUCUCUCCGGCGAUGAAUAGUCCGGAUUGUAGCAUGCUUGAAGCUUUGGCGGCGUUGCAGCGUUAUCUGCCGUCUAACGAAAUGGAUCCGGAUUCUGACCCGGAUCUGCUGGGUCCUGAUUCGCCGAUCGAUGCUUAUUCAUGCGACCAUUUCCGUAUGUACGAUUUCAAAGUCCGGAGGUGUGCUCGUGGCCGGAGCCAUGACUGGACGGAGUGUCCUUACGCUCAUCCCGGUGAGAAAGCCCGCCGUAGAGAUCCGAGGAAGUACCAUUACUCCGGCACGGCUUGUCCUGACUUCCGUAAAGGCGGUUGCUCAAAAGGCGACUCUUGUGAGUUCGCUCAUGGUGUUUUCGAGUGUUGGCUUCAUCCUGCUCGUUACCGUACUCAGCCGUGUAAAGACGGUGGUAGCUGUCGCCGGAGAGUUUGUUUCUUUGCUCAUUCGCCGGAUCAGCUUAGGUUUUUGUCUAACCGGAGCCCCGAUCGGGUUGAUUCGUUUGACGUUUCCUCUCCGAUUCGUGCUAGAGCGUUUCAGCUCUCGAUUUCUCCUGUCUCUGGUUCGCCGCCGAUGAGUCCAAGAGCUGACUCGGAGUCUUCUCCGAUGGCUCAGUCACUUAGUCGCUCACUCGGGUCCUGUUCCAUAAACGACGUCGUCCCUUCGUUUAGGAGCUUACAGUUCAGCAAAGUGAAGUCGUUUCCUCAUAACAAUCUUUUAUUCGGAUUCGGGUCGCCCCGUGGAUCUAUCUUGGGUCCUGGGUUUCAGAGUCUCCCCACAACACCGACCCGACCCGGGAAUCUGGAUAUAUGGGAGCAUGGGUUAGAGGAAGAACCCGUAAUGGAGCGGGUCGUCGAGUCGGGUCGUGAGCUGCGAGAAAAGAUGCGCGAGAAACUACACAAGGAGAAUUGCAUGGAUCGAGUUGAUCCGGGUCUGGAACAGAGCAUGGGUGAUGGUCCUGAUGUCGGGUGGGUAUCUGACCUGCUCAUGUAGACAGAGAGAAACAGUCCGACCCGUAUCCGAAGAUGAAGUUUCAGUAUCGGUUUUUUUGGGAUAUCUUCCGAGGAAAAGAGGAAGAGAUCUUCUUAGUGUGUUCAUAUUAUUUUUAUUUUACUAAUGUCGUAUUAUCUGCGAAUAAUAAUUAACUACGGAUUUUUGGGGCCUGAUUUUUCUGAUAAAAUCGUUGUAUAUAGAUAUGCCUAGGGGUUUUUAUAUUUUGAAAUUUCGGAACAUUAUUAAUAUAUAGUAUUACUAUGGUUAUUAUUAUCGUGUUUUAUAUUAUGUUAAAUGUAAACCACUUGGUACUAAUCAAUGUAUGAAUGCAAAUUAUUUUACUUUUCUAA